AUGCCUAAGUUCCCUCGCAUGUUAAAAGGGAUUCGGAGUAUUGUGCCAGCGUCUAGAGAGACCACCCUCUUCCCCAUUUUCAGCCGACAUUAUUCCUAUCAACGCCCUCAGCCCCAGAUGGCUAAUAUUGCCGGAAAUACACAGGAUUUCUUUAGUUAUACUAGUGGACGAUGGGUUUGGAACGAAAGGCAACAACUUCAAGAGAGGUAUCGUGAAUUUGAUAUACUUGAAUUACAGAAAAUCGCUGUGGAAUCAUCAUCUUCUGGUUCCUGUGCUCGUUCUUAUGGCACCCCGAUCUUCGUACUCCGAACAUUUUCGUCGACGAUAGUGGUCAUAUCACGAGCAUCAUCGACUGGCAAAGCACAGGCACUGGUCCUUUGUUCCUCGAAGGCCGUCAUCCUCAUUUUUCUCGACUACAACGGGGACCUGGUCCUCGAACUACCCGAGAAUUUUAAGCAACUGGACGAAAAGACGCCAAACGCUGUGAAGGACAAAGUCACCAACUCGAUCCUAGUCUAUCUCUAUGAGAAAUACACAGCAGAAAGAAACCCCAUCUUAAGCAAAGUGUUCCAAUACCCGACUGGAAAAACAUUAACAGACCCUAUCCACUUCGUGGGAAAUACAUGGGACGGGGAUAUUCUACCCCUACGAGAGUCUCUAAUCAGGAUACAGAAGAUGUCUGCACUGGCAGGAAGUGGAAUCUCUUCGGCCGUACGGCCGAGUGCCCCAUCACCUUUACCCCUGGAAGAAAUUCGCCAACAUUACGAGGAUGGUGAAGGCUGGAAUGAAGUCCAAGACUUCUGGGACGCCUUGUCGGGAAUCAUGAGCAGGGAUGGCUGGACCUCCCAUGAAACCUACGAUCAGGCCACUUCCAUUUAUUCUCAGAUCCGCCCUCCAAUCAUGAUGUGUAGGGUCGGAGACGUACGUCUAUUCUGUGCGGAGACCGUCUCAAAAUAAAAAAAAAAAAAAACAACAACAUGGGUUUCUAUCGGCGAAUGAUAUUUGCGUAAAAUUGUUAUAAGAACUGUCACUGUAUGUCUGCCGUGACUUGAUGUGGUCCCUGUUUCUUUGAGAUACCCGGUGCGGAAGCUGUCGAAGGGUGAAGAUGUUUCUAGAGUCAGGAGGGAAAGUUCUUAGAAGAAUGAGAGGAUUCUUAUAUACAGGGGACUAGGCGGACGGUCAUUACGGUAGGGUAUCGGAUGACCAUAUUAAAGACUGAAACACUAACUCCCACACGGAAUGCAUAGGCCCUGUGCGCACUAUAUACAACAACAAUAAACCCAAACCCUAACGGCAUUAUUGACUCGCAGCAGUCGGACGCUUAAACGGAUGUGCUUCCGUAUUCCUGCCCAAACAUUAUUAGUAAAUCCAUUCCCCGAAAAGAGAUGUGAAAAAAAA